AUGGCAGGAGUUUCGUGUGUGUUAUUGCUCAACUCAUCUGAAGGAAACAGUGAUCCACAGAUUCUUGAGAACCUUAUGAAGAAACUAGAACUUCUUGGUGCACAAAAGUGCGGUCGAAUACAUAUAGAGAGCGCAGUUUACUUUUCAAACUUUGCUAGAUCUCAGUGUAAAACGUUUCAAGUUCUCACAUCAACUGAAUAUCCAGCUUCAUGUUUUGUAUUCUCUGACAAUCAAACAGCUCUUGUUGCCGAUAUAUCUUUUCGUGAAUUCCCAGGGUGCUUAAAAGCUUUUUAUCAACGUAAAAAGAAACUACAAGUUGAAGCUAAAGGAAUAAAGUAUCAGUUGGGUGAUUUUACAAUUAAUUUUAUUACAAUAUUCAUGGGACAGAGUGCUUCCGUUAAAGGAUAUUUAAUCGAGGUUUGUUUUCAUGCAUCAUGCAUGAUACAUUUGUGUCGUGAUGUAUUAAAAGCUUUUAUUACCCAAGUAUUACCGGAUAUUUGUCCACCAGCUAAUAGUUCAACAGAACAUAUAUUUAGCCCAUCUUUUUUACAAGCUGUUGAAACAGGCACAUUUGAUGCACCACGUUGGCCACCCAGUCAAUUAACUUUCCCAGUGGAAAAUAACUUCCUGCAAGAUGAUUCUCCAUUAUCUCAUGUUUGCGUUCGACUAACAAUGACACAAUAUGCAGAACAUAUCAACGUUGUUAGACGUUUGUCAAGGCAAUCUGUAAACACACCGAGUACGCUUCCUACAAAUGGUUCCUCCUCAUACGCAACUCCUCCAAAUAUUCCGUCUAAUCAAGCUAACAAAAACAUUCCAUCUAACUAUUCAACAUAA